CGCACGAUUUAUUUCAUUGUUUUAAUUUUUAAAAAAAGAACCUCCUCAUAUCUUCUUCAUUAAUAUUUAUUCCAUUAGUUUGUAAAUAAUACAUCCUCACAAAAUAAUAGAAUAAUAGGUUCAUCAUCACACCUAAUAAUAAUUUUUCAUCAUCAUUUUGUUCAUUCCGUGAGAAUAGCAAAAAAAUAGCAUCAUCAUGAUUAAUAAUAAUAAUAGUGAAGAAGAUUUAUCGGCAACUAGUAUCAAUUCUAAUGAAGAGGAUUUUAAUAGUACAACAGCUGAAACAACAGUUUCUUCAACUACCACGACAACAAUAACAACAGAAGAUUAUAAUGCCUUGAAAAAGAAGAAGGAGACUUUUCCUCCAUGGAAUCCAACUCUUCUCACUCAACUUGUAAAGGAGUCGGAAGAUGAUUUUGAUGUUUUUGGUGGUGAAGAGAAGAAUGAUCAACAAGAAACUAGCUAUGAACCUUCUGCCUACUUGAGUAAGAUUGAAAAGUUGAUAAAUUCAAAGGAGAAACUUCCUGUCUCUUCGGAGAAUACCAAGAGAAAAUUCGAACAAGCAUUUAUUGAAGUGUGCGAUAGAGUGAAGGAGAGAUUUUUGCAACAAUUUGUGGAUUUGGAAAAGGAGUACAAUUAUUUGAAAGAUGAAUUGUAUGGAUAUGAGAAUGUGGCAGACGAUACAAAGGAAUGUGAUUGUGUGGAAAUGAUGAGAUAUAUUGAUUAUUUGGAUCAAAGAUUUGGAAUUUCAUUUAACGAAGAGGAUUUUGAUGUUCAUAAAUGUUGUUGUGGAGAUGUCAUGUGUUAUUGGAAUAGAGCAAAUGCCUUCUACAAGACAGCCUGUAAAGAUACUAUGAAUUCUGACAUGAGGUUGUGUCUAUCGGCAGUGAGCGACAUUACCUACGUGCUUCAACAUUUAGAUGAGCAAUACGAGGACAAGACUUUUGUGGCAGUGAAAAAGAUACAGGCCUUGGAAAAGAGAGCUUUAUACUUGUGCGAUUUGGUCUUUACUCUUGGUAACAACUCGACUACCUACUCUGUUCAGAGGUUUGAGAGUCUGGUAUUUGGUGAUGAUGAUGAAUUGGACAAUACAAAGAGUAUUAGUGCUAGAAUUUCCGGGAAAUUAAUUUAUGAAUUGGCUCGUAAAGAUAUCAAGGAGUGCUUUAACUUGUACAAGUCACAUCUACUCAGGUUUGGAGGAGAGGAAAAUUACAGUAUUGUUACGAAAGGAUUCGAAAAGGUAAAACAGACGGAUUGUAAUUGUGUGGAUUAUUUAAUGCUUCCAUCUCACAUGUUGAUUGAGACAAUGCUGUCUUUGAGUGGGAGUAUAUUUUGGUCGUAUGGAUGCUUUGCUAUGAUGGAAUCUGAGCGGGCCUAUUAUUUCAAAUUAGCAAAGACUUGCCUCAAAAUUAGUGUCAAGAUCUUUCCAAAUUAUAAGAAUUCAAUUUUAUACUCCAUUUACCUACGUGAUCAGUUAAAGUAUAGUGCCAGAGUAAAACUGAUUGAUUACGCAAUAGAAUUUCACGAAAGAAUUACAAAACCAGAGUUUGAAGGUCCUGAGUGGUUGUCAGAGAGAUUUUACAGAGAAUGCCUUUACAAUAGAUUUUCCAGUAUUUGUAACAAUGACUGCCACGAGGAUGGUAGCUUGAUUACUCUUUACAACAAUAAGGCUCUACAGUUAAAGCUAAUGGGAAGGUUGAACGAUUCGGCAGAAACCUAUCAGAAAUUACUGGACAAGUACAUUCUUCCUGAAUACAAGAAAUUUGAGGACUUGAAGAAGCUAACUCGAAGAGCUAAAAAUACAGAAGAGCUAGCAAGAAUACGUGACUAUAAGGUGCUCAAACAACAACAUGCCUUUAUUAUCAAUAAUAGAGGAUUUACAUUUAUUUCUCUGGAAAAGUAUCAAGAGGCCAUUAAUGAUUUUUACAAUGCAGACUUGUUGGAUGAAACUCAGCAAAACUAUUCACACAAUCUCGGAUUUGCCUACUCUGCUGCUGAGGAUCAUCUAAAUGCUGUACUAUGGUAUACUAAUUGUAUAGAUCGUUUUGGUAAUAAUAUUCAAUUUUCUGAUGACAUCAGUGACACGUAUAGAAAUAGAGCCAUGUCUUUACUGGACUUGAAAAAAUAUGAGCUUGCCAUUUUGGAUUUCAAGUAUUAUAUUGAUUUUAUCUAUACAAGAUACGACUCGGAUGAUAUGGGAGAAAACAUUAAAGAACAACUCGCAAGCUCAUUCUUUUAUAUGGCCAGAUGUAAGAGUGAAAUUGGAUUAAUAUUUAGUGGAAUGAACGAUUUGUUAAUUUCGAGAGAAAUCAAUAUAGAAUUGGAUUUAUAUGAUCAUAAUGAGUGGGGAGAAGAAUUUAAUAUAAUGUGUAGGCGAUUCUUCUUUACAAUUUAG